UUUCAGCCAUAGGACUAUAGAGGAGUAACCCAAAUGGAGACAUGUCACUCACUUCCCAUCCACAUAACCCAAAAAAUGGGAAUUAUCCGAAAACUCUGAUCUCUUCCCUUCUUCUUUUUCCCUCUGUGAUUCCUCCAUUAAAACUCUAUCGAUCUCAAUAUUCAAAACCCAUCAUGUUAACAAACCUCUCCCCUUUUACCCCCUCUUCUUAUUCUUCAACCAUCAGAUUCCUCAAAAACAAAAACAAACACCACUUUUCAACUUUAUCAUCGUCUUCAGCACUUCAUUCAUCAUCCCAUUCCCCAUCUUCAAAUCUCAGUUUUCUCGACAGGAAACAGUUCCCCCAUGAAAAAAUCGGAUACCCUUUUACGAAAAGGAAAAACUUCAACAAGACUUCAGCAUUAGCUGACUUCGGUUUUGGUGGGUUCGAAAGUGCUCAAUCUGUAAUUGAAGCUGUUUCAGUGUUAACAGCCAUCAUCGUCGUUCAUGAAAGCGGUCAUUUCUUAGCUGCUUACCUUCAAGGGAUUCACGUAAGUAAAUUUGCAGUCGGAUUUGGUCCUAUUUUAGCUAAAUUCAAUGCUAAUAACGUCGAGUAUUCGUUAAGAGCGUUUCCUUUAGGUGGGUUUGUUGGAUUCCCUGAUAAUGAUCCCGAUAGUGAAAUCCCAAUUGACGAUGUGAAUUUGCUGAAAAAUAGACCUAUUCUCGAUCGAGUUCUUGUCAUUUCAGCUGGUGUUAUUGCGAACAUAGUCUUCGCAUAUCUCAUAAUCUUUGCACAGAUAGUGUUCGUCGGAUUACCAGUACAAGAAUCCUUCCCAGGCGUAAUUGUCCCGGAGGUUCGACCCUUUUCAGCCGCUUCCCGAGACGGGUUACUCGCCGGAGAUGUCAUUCUCUCCGUUAACGACAUCGAUUUACCCCAAGCAAUCCCUAAUUCCGUUUCUCAAGUAGUCGACGUCAUUAAAAAGAACCCUAAAUCAUCAGUGUUGUUUAAAAUCGACAGGGGAGGGAAAGAUUUCCUCAUUACUAUCACUCCCGAUCAGAAUCCAGACGGAAGUGGUCGAAUCGGGGUUCAACUAGCCCCAAAUGUGAAGAUCUUGAAGGAAAAACCGAAAGAUGUGUUGGAAGCUUUUGGAUUUACAGGUCGCGAAUUCUGGGGUUUAACAUCGAACGUUUUAGACAGUUUGAAACAGACUGUUCUCAACUUUUCACAAACCGCAAGCAAAGUUGCAGGUCCUGUUGCGAUUAUAGCAGUAGGUGCAGAGGUUGCGAAAUCAAAUAUCGAUGGUUUGUAUCAAUUUGCAGCGAUUUUGAAUCUUAAUCUUGCGGUGAUUAAUCUCCUCCCUUUGCCGGCGUUAGACGGUGGUUCUUUGGCUUUGAUUCUUGUGGAAGCGGCGAGAGGUGGGAGAAAGCUUCCAUUAGAAGUAGAACAGGGGAUAAUGUCAUCUGGGAUUACACUCGUUUUCGUUCUUGGUCUUUUCCUUAUUAUUCGAGACACAUUAAACCUCGAUUUCAUCAAGGAUUUGUUGUGAUUCUUGUCGAAAACUUGAAAAAGGUACAAUUUCGAUCGGAUAUUGUAUUAUUUGUGUUGUAUCCAUUUGGAUCUUCCUUACAAUGUGGUUUAUGAUAUACAUUUCUGGUAUUGGAGAUCAAUAUAACAUACAUACCUCAACAUAGUUAAACUUAUGUUGAUAUUACAAAAUCA